AUGCUGGCCGCCGCAGGGCUCGAGCGCGGGCCUUCGCCCGCCGGGGCAGCCGGGUCCCAGGAGGCUUCGCGCGCUUUCUUGUCGCUCUCCUCUCCCCCAGCCUCCUCCUUCGCGCGUUUUUCAAUUGAUCCAGACACCCUCGCGGCGCUCAAAAUGCUCCCCGCCGCACCGCCCUCGUCCUCCUCAGGCGCCAAACAGCCAGGCCAAGACGCCCGGGACGAAGCGGAACGCGCAGCACCCCCCGCCUCGUCAUCCUCUUCGUCUUCCCCCUCGUCUCCGCGUCCCUCUGCUGCGUCUGCGUCGUCUGCGCGCGUCGCGAGCGAAAACACGCUCCACGGGGCGCCUCCGGUCGUUUCGGCGUAUAUGCGGGAGCUCCAACCAGCGCUUCUCCCGCGGCCGUUUUGCAAGCUCGUCGCGGAGGCUGUGGAACGCGAGGAGGCGAGCUAUGGGCGGCGCGCGUCAGAGUCGGGAGGCGACGGCGUCUCGACGGAGGACUCCUCUUCCUCCUCUUCCUCUUCCUCCGCGUGCGCGUUGUCGUCGGACGGUGCUGCUGUCGCGUUUCGUCCCUCCUCCGCGUCGGCGAUCUUUCACUUGCCCACGCAGACGGCGACAGUGUCCGCGGACCUGUUGCCUUCCUCGAGUCUGUUUCUGCUCGCUUUUUUGCAGCAUCUGCGGCGGCAGCGGCGGGAGCACCAGCAGAAGCAGAAGCAGCUCUUUCUCGCAUCGCUGAUCCACGCCGACUGGUUCAACCCCUCACCGUACUCGACUUCCUUCGCGCCGCUGACCUCGGCGCUCCGCGCGCUCUACGAGGCCCGACCGCACCUGUGCUUCACCUGCACGCGGCGCUUCGCCACCUCCUCGCGGAAGACUGCCCAUCUGCGCGCGCACAUGGAGCUGCAGCAGAUGUCGCAGGCGGAGGGGGUCGGUUUUCUCGGGAGGCGCAGGGGACACGGCCUCCGGCAGAAACUCGCCGCAGCCGCGGCGGCUUCGCGCCCGCUCUGGGGCGGCCUCGCAGCCUGGGCGCAGGUGGCCUCCGCGCCCGACGUCUUCCAACAGAAGAUGCUCCUGCUGCAGACGCAACUCGCGCUCUCCGCCGGCACCGACGCACACGCGCAGACCUUCGCAGGCAAGGCUGCCAGCGAGAUGAGCGUGCGCAGCAUGCACGGCCUCCUCGCGGAGCGCCUCGAGGCACUGAGCGCGUUCGCCGCGGCGGAGGCCAAGCAGACGCGCGGCGACGCGACGGCUCAGCCGCGCGACGCCCCGCGAACUGUGCCCUCUUGGUUCCCCAAGCGGCUGCAGCGCUGGAUUGCCGACGAGUGGGGCCUUGGAUGCGCGCCCGCGGGCGGAGACGCGGAGCCUGCGGGGGUCGAGCCGCCCGGCGCGGCGGAAAGAGAGGCGGACGCCGCCGCGCAAAACGCGCACAUGGAGUGGAACGCAGAGACGGGAGACGAAGCCGAGGACUUGGCGCACGAGGAGGAACUCGCAGCAGGCUGCGACAAGGCUGCUGCGGAUGCUGGCGGCGCCGCGGGAGAAGAACGCGGGAGCGAAGAAGGCAGACGCGAAACGCGCGUCCCCUUCGUCACACGCACCGAAAUGAGGGCCUGGGCGUGGGCCUUUCAAGAGGACCGCAACUCCGACGCAGACAAAACGUCGCUCGCACAAGAAGUCGCCGCCGUAUCCGCACUGCAACCCGAAGAAGGUGUACGUACACUCGAGACCGCGGGCGGAGGGCGGGGGACCGUCUGCCGAGCGGCGGAAGAAUCAGACGCCGCGCCCGUGUCGGGUUCUGCGGCGGCUGGCCCGCUCGCGCAUGAAGCAUCCGCCACAUCAAGCGAUUCGUUUGUCGCAGCGUCGUCGGCGUUUGGCGCGCCUCCGUCUUCCUGCGUUCUCUCACGCGGCGCAGGCACACCUGCGCGGCGCGCUGCGUUGCGGAGUGUUCUCCGCCAGCUCACGCGGGAAGUCUGGUUGUAUCUCGAGUCGUUUCCCGUCGCGUCGUCCUGGGCGGCGCACGCCGAGAGCGGCGAUGGCGACGCGGGUUUCCCCCGCUCUCUCGCUGCAGCGUCUUCGCCGCUUCCCGCGUUUUCGCGGCUGCCGCUCUCUGCCGCGGCGGCGGCAGCUGCGACGGCCGCUGCGGCUGAGGAUCCGCCGCGGCUGUUCCUCGACGCCUCUUCGUCGCUCGCGCACUGCGCCUUUUGCGGAGAGCCCUUUGCGCUGCUCUUCAACGAACUCCAGCAGACGCUCGAGGCGCGGGGCGCGGUGGUCGUCGCUUGGGGCAGCACGCAGCUGCUCGAGCGCCUCGCUGGUCAGCUGACGGCCUGGCGAGAGACGCAGGCGGCGGCUGCGGGAGCGCGCCAGCGUGGAGGCGGGGCGGCGGAAGCUGGCAGCGGAGCGGAGGGAAGACGGACCGGGGGCGACGAGGCGCGGGGCGCCGUCGCAGCGAGGGCAGGCGUGAAGCGCGGAGCAGGCGGAAUGCACGAGUCGUUCCUGCAGGCGGCGGAGGCCACGCGAUCUGCGAGUGGGGGAGGCGGAAGCGCGCCUGCAUUUUCGGGUGUACGUACCUCCGGGGAAGGCAACAUCGCCGACGCACUUGGCUCACGCGGGCAUGGAGAGGACGACAGCGCCGUUGUCUGCGGAGGUGCGCUCCCGGCAGACAGAAGCGCGUCGUCUUCUGUCGCACGCGCGCCUUUGUCGUGUCUGCCGUCGUCUCUCCUGCUUCCUCACUUGACGCGAAGCAGCGACGUCACGGACGCAUUCGCGUUGCUCUCGUCUCCCGCGCCUUCGUCGGGGGCCUCUGCGCGGCAGCAGCUUUGCAGCCGCUGGGGGAUGCAACCGUCUGUGUUGGAAGUCGCGGGCGCCGUGGAGGCUGCAGCCGCUUCGGAGAAGUCGUUUCUUUCGGCGGAUCGCGAGAGCGCGAAGGCGGGGAUGCAUGCAGACUCCGGCAGAGGCGCGAAGGGAAAGGAGACCCCAAGGACGCUGGAGGAAGCCGUGGCGCUCCUCGAGGAGUCUCUCUCUUCAGGCAACUUCCUUGCGCACGGCCUCGACGCGUUCGCUCCAAUUGCCGCGCAGCAGAUACCUGAGGGAGGCGAGAUCAGCGAGGCGGAAGAGCACGAAGACUGCACAGCAGCGAGCGCGGCGGCGCCGGAGUGCGCGGAAGCCACGCACCAAGCCAAGAGGAGAAAGCAAGGUGGAGAGCGGGCUCCCGCGCUCAGCGACCUGCUUCACUCGUGUGCCGCAAAGGCGUCCGCAUUUUCUACGCAGAACGACGAUCGAGAAGGUGGAGGCGAAGCGAGCGCUGUUGCAGAGCUGGCGCGUGCGGAGUCGAGGGCGGAAGCGCCAUCGGUUGAAACAAGCUGCAUGCGAACCUCGGCGGUCGUCGAGGAACUCUUCCCUCCAAACGUGGUGUACAUGCACUGCACCUGCUUCACGCAGUUGCUCCGCGAGAGCGAGUACCUACUUCACUUUCUCCGCAUUCUGCUCUUUGUCCGCCGCGCGCGCCUCCACCGCAGGGGAGCCUCCAUGUCGUCGACGCACCCCGAAACUGCGACGUUCCCUUCUUCGGCAGAUCUCGGAUCUCAAGCCAGCGACCUCGACAGUGUCUGCGCGAGUGUGGAAGCGGCUCUAGGGCGUCUGCUAUCUUCUCAGCGGCGCCUUUUCUCGUCUACUUCUUCAGAAGCGCGGCCAGAUGCACACCUGGCGUCAGCAGCUGCGAGGGGUGGCAGCGACCGCGGGAUCGCCGCGGCGGAGACAGGGGUAUUUGCAGAUGAAGGCGCGGCGCGCACGAAGGAGGGUCGUCUCUGGGGCUUGGGAGAAAAGAAGGCGGGCUUUCUCACACAGCCCAGCGCGCGGUGUGGCGGAGGAGUGCGAAGCGCACACACCGGGCGAAGGGUCGCGCGAAGACGGUUUCGCUGA